AUGGCUCUCGAUGUGUUCGGGGAACCCGUGGAGGGACAACUGAGUCCUCUUACACAUGCCGCAUUACAUGGUGAUUUGAGUACCAUGAAAACGCUCCUUAGCCAGGGGGUAGAUGUGAAUGCACUUGGCGGUAUACAUGGAAAUGCGCUCUCUGCGGCAGCAUCCCGCAGAAGAUUAGAGCCUAUCAAGCUGUUACUUGAUCAUGGAGCGGAUGUAAAUGCCCCCGGCGGUGACUUCAGAACUGCUCUGGAGGCUGCAGCUCUCAGUGGCAACUUGGAUGCUAUAACACUGCUGAUUGACUCCGGGGCCGAUCUAAAAGCCAUUGGCGGUGCUGCUCUGGACGCGGCAGCAUCCCGCGGGGAUUUAGACGCCGUCAGGCUGCUUCUCUCUAGUGGCGCUGAUGUGAAUGCCCCUGGCGGUAACGCCCUCCGGGCUGCAGCAACGAAAGGAGCCCUCGAUGUUGUCAAGUUGCUUCUGGACAACGGGGCAGACGUAGACGCCCGAUGGGCUGAAUCUGGGACCGCUCUUGCGGCUGCAGCUUCUACGGGGGCCAAUGUCAACGACUCCGGCGGCCUUUAUCUUUCAAGUGCAGCACUCAAACACCACAACUCAUUCAUUUUCGUGAAGCUUCUUGUUGACGCCGGAAUCAUUGUGAAAGAUCAAUGCACAAGUGCUCUUCAGCAUUCAGCAAACAGAGGCUCAUUCGAUACUGUGCAGCUACUUCUUGAAAAAGGUGCGGAUGUCAACAGCCAAGGCGGCCUAUACGGAAAUGCUCUUCAAGCCGCCGCCGCAUGCUCAGAUAAUCAGGAUGCCUUACGUAUGAUCAGGCUCAUCCUGGACUGGGGAGCGGAUGUCAAUGACCAGGGUGGAGAAUUUGGAAACCCUCUCCAGGCUGCUGCAUACACAUCUUCUGGGACCUUAGAUGUUGUCAACUUACUUCUUGGUCAAGGGGCACAUGUGGAUGCUAGAGGUGGUCGAUACGGCUCUGCCCUUCAAGCCGCAGCAUGUGCAAAUUGUGAGAAUUUGGACCUAAUCAAGCUAUUCCUUGACCGGGGUGCAGAUGUCAACGCUCAAGGUGGUCUUCAUGGCUCUGCGCUUCAAGCUGCAGUAUCUUUGGGGCGGAAUAGAAGUGUGAAAUUGCUGCUUGAGCGAGGUGCAAAUGUUAGCCUUUGCGCGACUGAUGAUCAGGGCGCAUCAUUGCUACAUAUUGCCGUGGUUUGCCAAGAUGUGAGCACGCUCGAUCUACUUCUUGAGGCCGGCGCACACACUUUUAUAGGCCAUACGGAUGCUUUUAAGCAAACGCCACUCUGUAUUGCCAUACAUUACCCGGAGUCUUUCCAAAGUCUCAAGAAUUCGUUGGAUAGAGCUCUCAAAACCAAAGAGGGAAACACUUGGGAAAAUAUUCUCAACUCUGCUAUUGAUAAAGCAGACUUCGACGGAUGUACCCCAUUACAUCGUGCUGUUGAGAAUGACUUUUUGGAGGCUGCAGAAUGGCUCGUCGACCAUGAUGCUAAUGUGCAUAUUCCGGAUUUCAACAACACCACUGCAUUCCAGCGCGCCUCUCAACUGAAAAAUUUCAGGAUGAUGAGUCAAAUCUUCCCUCGUGUUGCGAGAGAUGGAACAGUCGACCAAACCAUCAAGGCGACCAAUUGGAGACAAGCUGAAGGUUCUAAUCGGAAAGAUAACAUCUUUCUAGCUCUGAACGGGCCAGACUUACCUUCAGUACAAAUGAUGAAUAGUCUGGAAUUGAUAAAGUAUUUCCAUACAGCUUCAUAUCCCUUGGAUUACCGCUCCAUCUCAAGUGUAUCAGCACAGGAUGAUAAGUGUGUUGCAACCGCUUCAUUUCAGAGAGCACUCGUUCUUCUUCGAAACGACAGGCUCCUUAAUCACUCUUCCAAUGGAUUCUAUUUGCGAUGGUGGCGUAAGGCAUUGAUGAAACAGCCCGACAAAUUGAUCAUCAGAGCUAGAUAUGACGAGAAAAAAGACCACUGGAACUGGAAAGUGCAGCUCAAUCAAUUUCCGAGUGCAGUGGCUCUGAGCCAGCCUUCUCGCUCUCAAUGUUUUCUCGAAUGCCGUGUGAUCCUACCCUCUUGCGAAAUACACCAGAUAGCCACCCUUUCAGCUGCUACAUCUUUGAAAAUCAAACCAAAGAACCAUGCCAUGGUUUGGAUUUUGGUCAAGCCGGAAAAGGUUCACCCGCCAUCCUCACUUACGUCCCCCGAAGUAAAGCUUGAAUGCAAAGUCGUUUUCACGACGUUUGAAGAUUGCAAAAUUCCAGAACUACCAGAUGAUGACGAGAUUUUGAUACCCUACAUCAAGCAGCUAGCAGAUGAGUGGAGCCAGAUUUUUCAGUCGGCAGAAAAGCAUCUUUCGCAGAUGCGAGGCGAAACAUUCCGCUCCAAUGGAAGGAACACAAACUUGAUUAAUGACCAUCUGAGAGAUGCCCAAACAUGGAAUGAAUUCAAAUUUCUAUUUUCUAACCAGAUGUCAAUUCUUCGAUCAUUCCAUGAGAGAUUUUUCCUACGAUGGAGACAAUUGGGCUUGAGAGCCCCUGCCCCUCGGUUGAUGUCGACGCCUACCAGACCCUCUCGGGAUUCGAAAAAACGGCUUUUUGUGGAUGAGAUAGAAGAUACGGAGAAAAUGGUGGAAGAGAGGUUAUUAUCUCUGGAUCUUAUUUCUCAGGAGCUAAUUCAACUGGUGCGCCCAAUCGCCCAAUCCAUCAUGUUCGAGGUCACUAAAUCGAUGCAGGAAUUCAACCUUACCUCGAUCGCAGAGGCACAGAAGUCCACUACCAUGAACAGAAGCAUGAAGCGUCUCAGUUGGAUCACUUUUAUUUUCCUGCCACUCAUGUUCAUUGCAAGUCUUUUCGGGAUGAAUAUCGAUAUUCUCGCAUCGAACCCAUCUUGGUGGCUAUAUAUCCCAUUUGCUGCAGGCACUAUCAUCUUGACUUUGGCCAUAUGGAUACUGUUCAAGACUAAAAAGGGCUUGGAAGAUACGAUUGAACAACAAUUGAAAAUGUUAUUCAAACGUGACAAGGUCGGAGACGAAGAGUCUUUGGGGCGUAUUGACCUCAGAAAACACAGGACAAUGCAAUUUCCGAAGUUUGGAAAAAAGCGCUCUUAG